AUGCGGCCCGCCAAAACGACGGAGGACGUCUUCGAGUUAUUGGACUCUGUAACUGAAGCCUUGGUCUUCGGGGCUGCAGUGGAGAAGCGGCGAAAGGAAGCUGGUAAGAAGGAAGAGGUAAAGAAGGAAGAGAUUACGGAAGAUGAGAUUACGGAUGAGUCGCCUCGGAAGCGGAGUCGAAAGUCGUCUGACUGGUUGGAGCGUUUGCGAAGGAAAGGUAGCGAGACGCCGUCGAAUGUGAAUGGAAGCGAUUACAGAGCUCAGAAGGUGCUGAGCAACGAGAUUCAUAUAGUGCGGGAUGCGGCUCGGGUUGUGCGUCCGGGCUAUUUGCGAGUGCGGAAUUACGGGUUACUGACUGGAGCCCGUACGAGUCACAGAGGUGCAGUGACGGCUCUGGGAUUUCGGCCAAGGGACGCAACUUCGGACCUUGCUUGGAGUGUGAGUGUCGAUAAGAAAAUGCUCAUAUACUCAGUGGCGGAAACAAAGAAGGAAGUAUUGGGGGCCGUGAUGGUGGAGGAUGCGCGGAUAGAGCAUGCCACAUUGUCUUCUGACAAGGAACGGGUUUUAUGUUUGUCUGAUAGGGCUAACAUUUUCUCCAUCCACUUGGAGACUCGCCAACUGAUGAAGCUCCCCUAUAUAGGACGGCGAGGAGACCAAAACUAUUUCCGAUCUAUCCUAUGCCACAAUGGUAUUGCCUGUGUCUUGGAUGAUAGGGGUUGUAUUUAUCAAAUCGAUGAGAGAACAAAUCAAGUCGUUCGAAAAUACAAUUCCGGUAGCGACACUACUGCAAUGGCCUUUCUGCCCAACGGCGUCCUCCUAAGCGGAGACGCUGCUGGCGAUAUAUAUCAGUGGGAUACGAGCGCCAAAGGACGCUGCAUAAGCCGCACGCAGCUCAGCGGCUCUCUCGGCAUUUCGUCGCUCGUCAUCAACUCAAACAAGCUUAUUGUCGGCGACGCAGGCGGGGUCGUCACGCAACACAAGCUCGACGCACCGUACACACUCUUGAAGACCUACAGCAACUUGACAGGGGUCGCUAAUACCCUGUUCUCUCACCCGAAACAUAAUUUGGUUGUUGCCGCAAACAAUGACAAAAACGACAAUGUUAGACUGUUGAAUGUUGAAGAAGGUUAUGUCUUCCAAAAUUGGCCAGGCGAUAAACUGGACUGUGGCAAGAUAACAUGUGGUGCGUUUAGUGAGUCAAACGGCUGGGUAGGGCUGGGUAAUUCACAGGGAGUGGUCAAGUUGUGGCACUUUCCUGACUACACGUACAGCUUUUUUUGA